UUGAGAAGAAUCCAUGAAGAUGGUGACUCAACACUCAGGUGCGGCGGCCAGAGGCGGUGCCCGGUGAGCCAGUGGUCAUUCCAAGGCUGCGCACUUUCUUAAGACUUGAUCCCAGGACUGGACAAUCGACGCUACAUGGUCGAUAGGAAAACAAGACCAGCGAUUGUGCAAUCCCUGGCAUCUUACCACGACGCCCUCCAAGUAGGUCUGUUUUGGACAAGGACGCCAGCAUGACUGUUCACCUCACAUGAAGGACGUAGGGAGGGCUUUAACCUGUAGAGGAGUUGGGCACCGCCAUGGACACUACCAUGAGGAUGUUGCUGUUGUGACUGAAUGCCUCUGUUUCCUAUUGUCAGAGAUGUCAAGAUGAGAUUAGGUGAGACAGAGAAACAGCCAGUUGCCAGCAUUGUUUACGUCAUUGUUUUCCAAGGAGUCUUCACAGGAACAUUCUGAGCAUUCCCCUGCCUCACUAUCUAUAGGUGAAUAAACAUGAGAUUCCACUAAUGCCCACUGUCUGUUGACCUCAGUUCAACCGAUUGGACUCUACUGGCCCCCUCUGUUCAUGCCAUCAACAAUAGGAGAACCCUGAUGUGAACUGCAUGCCAACAUUUCACACGGGAUCACCAACUCACAAAGUCUAGAAAGACUGUUUCUACGCCAGAUCGAGGAGAGAAAUUCAACCUGGAGCAAGCUGGAACAUGCCCGCGUGAUUUUGGAUCCUUGCACUAAUGUAGGAAUGAACUGCAGCUCAAGACUUCAGUAUUACCUGCAAAUCUGUAGAAGAUGAUGUCUGAAUUAACUUAAGACAAACUUCAGAGUUGUCGGUCAUUUCUCACUGGAUGGAUGUUUGAACUGGAAUUGUACAGGAACCGAUGUUCAGGGUCUAGCAGGGAUGAUGAACUACCCUUUCUUACAGAUGAAUUCUGAUGGGCCCACCUGUCCAUCACAUUGAUGUUAUAGAGGAGAGGACACUGACUGAACACGGUGAAAUUUGCUGGGCUGCUAAGUAGCAUUUAACCAGGAAGGACAGCACUGCACAAUGGCUGGGAAGGACUAUCAUCAUCUCUUCAAACUGCUCAUCAUUGGAGACUCUAAUGUGGGGAAGAGCAGUCUGCUUUUGCGGUUUGCGGACAACUCCUUCUCGGGCAGCUACAUCACUACGAUCGGAGUGGACUUUAAGAUCCGCACCAUAGAAAUUGACGGGGAACGAGUCAAGUUACAGAUCUGGGAUACAGCUGGACAAGAACGGUUUCGGACCAUCACCUCCACGUAUUACAGGAACACCCAUGGCGUUAUUAUUGUGUACGACGUCACAAAUCCAGAGUCGUUCGUAAAUGUCAAGAGGUGGCUGAACGAGAUCUCACAAAACUGUGAUAAUGUUUGCAAGAUCAUGGUCGGGAACAAGAAUGAUGACCCCUCCAAGAAGCAAGUGGAAAGCAGUGAUGCUCUACGCUUUGGGGAGUCCGUGGGGGUCAGGGUGUUUGAGACCAGUGCCAAGGAGAACAUUAACGUAGAGGAGAUGUUCAUGGCGUUUACUCACAUGGUCCUGCGGGCCAAGAAGCAGAGCCAGAGCCGGGCGGAGCGGGAGCGCGAGCGAGAGAAGGACACGGUCAACAUCAACUCCCACCGGGACCGGGAGCGACGGAAGAGAGGGAAGAAGUGCUGCUGAGGUUGGGAGGGAUGCAGCAUCUUGUGGCCCAGUAUGAAAGACAAACCCAUAACAUUGCACUGACCGAGCUAUCGGAGGGGGGGAAAACUACUGCUAAGUGCCGAAAUGUCACUCUUGUGUUCUGCUUUUUAUGUCUGUCUGUGUUGUCUUUUUUUAACUGAAAGGGAACCAUGUCCCGUUAUGUCUCAUUGUCAUUUAAUUGUCUAACUGGCGAGGGCUGUUAACAGGUUUUAAGUGUUCUGCUGUGAUGACCUAGUGAAUUGUCAGUUUUAUUUUUUAAUAAAUAAAAACUGUCGUCAUUUUGACUGUUACAGUUAAAAUGAGAUGUCAAGUAACGCAUUAGCAAUAAAUGAAUCCUUCUAA